AAAAAAACACUAAACACUUAAAUAAAUCAAACAAACACUCCACAUUCUCAAAAUCAUAUUUUCAUAUAACUUAUAAAAGAUAAAAGAAAGAAGAAGAUGGCAGCUUCGUCCAAGUACUCUUCCAUGUCAUUCAUGAAGGUGGCAAUGAUGGUGGCGCUGGUCUUGGUGGUGGCAGCCACUGUGGUGGAUGGACAAAGCUGCAAUGCGCAGCUGAGUACACUGAACGUGUGUGGUGAGUUUGUGGUUCCCGGAGCUGACAGGACCAACCCAAGUGCCGAAUGUUGCAAUGCUCUUGAGGCAGUGCCAAACGAAUGCCUUUGCAACACGUUUCGCAUUGCCUCUAGGCUUCCCUCUCGCUGCAACAUUCCUACACUUUCAUGCAGUUGAUAUGGAUCCUCAUAUUAAUUCUAGACGCUAUAUCUUUGAGAAGCAUGUAUGGGAAGUAAAGGAGAUGGAUAUCUAAGAAUAAAAACUCAAAGUUUGAGUUUUUUUUUUUUUUUUUUUUUUGGUUUUUGUUCUUCACUGCAAAACCAAUGGGUUUCGAAUAAUAAUGAAUAACACCGAAUUGAAAUUAUAAAUGGUUUGAGUUAUAUUAUCAAUUUAUAAUUUGUAUACAUGCAAAUA